GAUCUUCACGAAAGUCGAAACUGUUUUGAGGGCCAAAUUCGUGUAGCUGUUCGUGUGCGACCUCCACUCGGUAAGGAACUCGAUGUACCAAUAAAUCAUUUGCAAUAUCCCGGAAUCUCUUCAAUAAAGCUUGAUCAAGGUAAAGGAUCACAAAUUUUCGAAUUCCAACGUGUAUUUGGUCCGAAUAUGAGUCAAGCUCGCGUGUUUAGCGACGUGGAAGAACUUAUUUUGUCCUGCCUUCACGGCUACAAUGUGUCGAUCAUAGCGUAUGGACAGACUGGCAGUGGAAAGACCCACACAAUGAGAGGAGGUAGG